GCAUCAUCGCACAUCUGGUUAAAAACUAGGCUCAGAAUCGAUUCUGAAAUUCUCAGAAUCGAUCCAGAAUCGGAACUAUUGGCGGCUCCACGACACGCGUUACUUCCUCAUUCCUAAGUUCCUGUGUCGGUCUAUGGGAGUGUUGUAACUCUCUUUCUCCAUGGCUCUGGUGUAGCCCACUGUACUGUACUGCUACUAGAAGAACUGUUGGUGAAAUCAGCCACAUUAAUACCAGCUUUAACAAACUAUAUGAUUUGCAAUUGCACUCUAUAGUUUGUCAUUUCCGAACCCCUGUAUUCAUAACUAAAAACUAAAAUGCUUUUUAUUUCUUUUUUUUCUCCUUUUUUUAGAGAAAUAAUGGAGUAUUCAGAGAGAACUAAAAGGAGGAAAAUAUCAGCAAAAGUGGAGGAACAUUUACGUCUCCUUGAAAAUGAGUCUAUGAUUGAUGAUUUGGUGGCACAUGAAUCUGAAUGCCCACUGGAUGAUUUGUUAGAGCAUACUGAAAGUGAAGAUUCUACAGACACUUUCUACGAUGCUUGUGAUCAGAACUGUUUUGAGUCAAGCGAUUUAGAGGAAGAUUUUUUCUCAGAUUCUUUUUAUGAUUUUAACCUUUCCUCAUUCGAUGAUUUGGAUUCUGAAAACUGGAUGCCAGGUGAUAUGCCUGGUUGUGAUAGUGACAGUGAUUUGCAUGGAGAUGAAUGUUCUGACAUAGAAGAAGACAAUAAUAAUGAUUCGCUUGGGCUUGCAGAGUGGGCUGCAGAAUUUAACAUUCCACAAACAGCGCUGUCUGCACUUCUUAAAAUCCUACGGAGGAAGGGCCUUGAUAUCCCAAUGGAUGGCAGAACUCUUAUGUCAACUGACAGAUCUUGCAGUGUUGCAAAUAUGUCUGGGGGGUCCUACUACCACUUUGGAGUCGAAAAUUCUCUCAAAGCUGAACUAACAUCUUUAGGACAUUUAGCAAAUGUGACUGAUACUCUCACACUCCGAAUUAAUAUCGAUGGAUUGCCCUUAUUCCGUAGCUCCAGUAUGAGUCUGUGGCCGAUUCUGGGUAUGAUUAAGGAAAUUCCCGAGUGUAGUGUCUUCGUAAUUGGAGUGUAUUCGGGUGCAUCUAAACCCGCAAAUGUGCAAGAGUAUUUACAAGAAUUCAUUGUAGAUAUGAAAGCUGUUUCUCAGAGUGGAAUUGUGUACAAUGGUGUACAUUUCAGGGUACCAUUACCCGAUGCUUUUAUUUGUGAUGCACCUGCUCGUGCUUUUCUUAAAUGUUCCAAAGGCCAUACAGGCUAUUAUGGGUGUGAGAGGUGCACUCAAAAAGGCCAGUACAUUAAUGGGAAGGUGGCCUAUCCUGUAACAUCAGCAGAGCUUAGGACAGAUGAGCAAUUUGGGAGGCAAGGCUAUCAGCACCACCAACUGUCAACCUCCCCACUAAAUGAGUUGGGUAUAGGUCUAGUGACCAGUUUUGUGUUAGAUUAUAUGCACCUUGUGUGUUUGGGGGCAAUGCGCAAGUUAAUAUUUCUUUGGCUAAAGGGGCCACUAAAAUGCAGGCAAUCUAUGAAGUUUUUUGUUGUAAUGUCAGCAUUUAUGGUUUCUAUCAGGCAAUAUUUACCUAGCAAUUUUGCAAGGAAACCACGAUCCUUGUUCGAAUUCAGCACAUGGAAAGCUACAGAGCUGCGUCAAUUUUUACUUUACACUGGUCCUGUUGUUCUCCUCAAUAAUAUACCCACUAUAAUGUACAGAAACUUUUUACUUCUAUCGGUAUCUAUGAGAAUUCUCCUGAGUCCUGCCUUAUGUUCUUCUUCUGACAAUUGUGACUAUGCUGAGGAGAUUUUGAAACUCUUUGUAACAGACUUUGCUGCAAUUUAUGGCAAUGAAUUUGUCAGCUAUAACAUACAUUCCUUGAUCCACCUAGCUCAAGAUGCACGUAAAUUCGGCCCGUUGGAUAGUGUUUCAGCUUUUCCCUUUGAGACAUUUUUAGGUAAACUGAAAAAACUUGUCCGUCGGCCUCAAAACCCUGUCCAACAACUCGUCAGGCGAAUCCAUGAGAAGCAGAAAGUGGCAAGCCAAAAGACCACAUCAGUUUUCAGCCCACUCAAACAGCUCCACUUUUCUGGACCAAUGAUUAAUUCAGUUGCAACAUGGGAACAAUACAGGCGUUACAAUGAUGGACAGACACUGAUCUCCUCCUCUCGUGGCGAUGACUGUUUUUCUGUAGGGAGAAGGAUUCUUAUUGUGCGGAACAUUUUGUCACAUUCUGGAACUGUUAAAGUCCUGUGUAAUUUCUUUGAAACUGCCAAAUCCUUUUUCACCUAUCCAAUGGACUCAUCGCGUCUUGGAAUUCUUUUUGUUUGUAAUUUAUCUGAAGACUUGCAGCUGUUACCUGUGGAGGAGUUAAAAACAAAAAUGGUGUUAUUACCACACAAGACUGGAUACGUGGCACUUCCACUCCUGCACUAAAGUGCUAAUUAUUUGUUUCAUUUGUUUAAAUUUUUUUGUAUGUAUUUGUUUUUCUUUAAGCAUGUUACCUUUCGGGAUAGUUGAAUUUAUAAAUGGUGGGGGAUUGGCAGUUAUACCAACCAAAUGGUUUGUCGGGCCUGAGGAGGAUGAAUGCUACUGGCCACCAACAAGGAUGAACAUGGCAAAGGCGGUCAUGGAGCAACAGGACCCUCACACUGACUGGGCGACAUACAAGUUGACUGUCAAGAGAAAAGUUGCUACGUAUGAAAUUGCCCGCAGAAAAUUAGUGGAGUAUGAGCAAAACACUGAUGUACCAACCGAGUCUGAUUCUACAGUGAAGACUGGAAGGGGGAAGCGCAAAAAGAGGCGAGUGAUUUUGUCUAGUGAGGAUGAGGAUGAUGACAAUUGGUCCGGCAGCCAAAUCAGGCCUACACCUCCAUCCACCCUCAGAUCUGUGCUGACACCUCCACUGCCUCCAUCCACACUCGGAUCUUCACCUCCACUGCCUCCAACCAGAUCUUCACCUCCACUGCCUCCAACCAGAUCUUCACCUCCACUGCCUCCAACCAGAUCUUCACCUCCACUGCCUCCAACCAGAUCUUCACCUCCACUGCCUCCAACCAGAUCUUCACCUCCACUGCCUCCAUCGACACCCCGAUCUUCACUUCCACUGCCUCCAUCUGCUAGGCCGACACCUCCACCACCUCCGGGUACCCUUAGAUGGCCAGUGUUUCAACCCAUUACCAUGUCACCAGAAACCCCUCAAAGACAAAUCAGGGACAACAUGUUUGUUCGCAUCUUAACACUGCUUGAGGAGAUGAAAGAGACACAAAAAAUCCAGGGGAGGAUACUACAAACGCUGCUACAACAGCGUGGCAACAUUAGCACCACCGUCUCUUCUAUCCCAGAGGGUUUCCCCCUAAAGACAGUUAGGGAUGUGGAAAUCGUGGAAGAAAAACUGGCAAACCCGAACUUCAUGUCCGAACUGGUUGCAGCUGUGACUGACAUAGGGGGGGCGACUGUUGACGAGGCCACAAAAAGGAUGAUGACCUUCCUCCUAGACCAUGGCCUAUCCAGGCAGUAUAACUUUGUGGGCCGAAAUGGGAAGAGAGAGUUCAAGGCCUUAAAACUGUAUGAAGUAAUAUAUGGAGGCUUAAAGAAAAACGCCAUGACCAGCCAAAUCACCCGUAAAGAUGCAGAGAAGGCGGUCUCCAAGUGGCUCAUCGGUGCUAGAGACCGGGGGGGUAAUAGACAGGCCCGACAAGCAACCCCUCAACAAAGACUUCAGGCUUGAGAGUGAGGGAACACUGUGCAAAAGCAUGUUAAUUUUACUUAAAUAAAAAUGAAAUUUUA